AUGGCUGAAGGUGGUCAUCAAUUAGCUGACACAACCGAGUUUACGGAAUGUUGGCGAAGAACAACGGAAUCGCCUUAUAUCAUGCGACUUGCUUUGUCUGCUGGUAUUGGUGGUCUUCUUUUUGGUUAUGAUACAGGUGUGAUUUCUGGUGCUUUGUUGUAUAUUCGUGAUGAUUUUGAACAAGUUGAUAAGCAAACAUGGCUACAGGAAACGAUUGUUAGUAUGGCUGUAGCAGGAGCCAUUGUUGGCGCUGCAUUUGGAGGAUAUAUGAAUGACAAGAUGGGGAGGAAGAAAACUAUCUUAAUGGCUGAUGUAGUGUUCAUGUUAGGUGCAAUAGUUAUGGCUAUUGCUCCUGCUCCUUGGGUUAUCAUUGUUGGAAGAGUUUUAGUUGGUUUAGGAGUUGGUGUUGCAUCCAUGACUUCUCCUCUAUAUAUCUCUGAAGCUUCCCCUGCUAAGAUUCGAGGAGCAUUGGUUAGCACCAAUGGUUUACUUAUAACCGGUGGUCAAUUUCUCUCGUACCUCAUCAAUUUGGCGUUUACCAAGGCCCCGGGAACUUGGCGUUGGAUGCUUGGAGUUGCAGCGGUUCCCGCUGUGGUACAAUUUGUAUUGAUGUUGUCCCUCCCUGAGUCACCUAGAUGGCUCUACAGACAGGGCAAGGAAGAUGAAACAAGGGUUAUUCUGUCGAAAAUCUACCGCCCUGAUGAAGUUGAAGAGGAGAUGAAAGCCAUGCAUCAUUCCAUUGAAUCUGAGAAGGCAGAAGAAGGCUUAAUUGGCCAUAGUCUUGGACAAAAACUAAAAAGUGUUUGGUCUAACGACGUAGUACGAAGAGGGCUUUACGCUGGUAUCACCGUCCAAGUUGUUCAGCAAUUUGUCGGUAUUAAUACAGUUAUGUAUUACAGCCCAACCAUAGUUCAGUUUGCUGGAAUCGCCUCCAACUCCACCGCACUUGCACUUUCAUUGGUUACUUCUGGUCUUAAUGCCGUCGGAACUAUAUUGAGCAUGGUUUUAAUUGAUAGAUUUGGAAGGAGAAAGUUGAUGUUAAUCUCCUUGAUUGGUAUCUUUGCUUCACUUGUAGUAUUAAGUGUUACAUUCAACCAAGCAGCUCACCAUGCACCUGCAAUCAAUAAACUGGAUUCCCUUAGCUUUGGCGGGAACUCUACAUGCAAGGCUUACACAUCUGCCCCGAAUCUCUCUUCGUGGAACUGUAUGCAAUGUUUGCAUGAAGAAUGUGGCUUUUGUGCCAAUAGCAAGAAUGAGUUUCUUCCGGGAGCAUGCUUGGCAGGAGAAAAGAUUGUGAAAGGCAUGUGUCGGGAACAAAAGCGAGUAUGGUUUUCACAGGGUUGUCCAAGCAAAAUUGGAUUCCUUGCAGUUAUAAUCCUCGGAGUCUACAUCUUAGCAUAUGCACCUGGAAUUGGAACAGUGCCUUGGGUUCUAAACUCGGAGAUUUAUCCGUUGAGGUUCAGAGGACUAGGAGGAGGCAUAGCAGCAGUUUUCAACUGGUGUGCUAAUCUAAUCGUGAGUCAAUCCUUCUUAAGCAUGAUAAAGGCUCUAGGAACUUCCGGAACAUUCCUCCUCUUUGCAGGGUUCUCCUUGAUUGGCUUUGUAGCAAUCUUUUUGUUAGUGCCUGAAACCAAAGGCCUUCAGUUUGAGGAGGUUGAGAAACUGCUUCAGAAAGGCUUUAGACCUUUCCCAUUUAACAGCAAAAAAGAAGAUGUCAAAGGGAAAGGGAAGGAGGAAAUGAAUGACAUGCCUUGA